AACGAUGUCGACAUCUGAAGCUAAUACUCGCCGACGGGUCAAGUUGUAUAUGCUAAAUGAAGAACGCCAGUGGGACGAUAAAGGAACAGGACAUGUUUCCGCACUCUAUACUGAACAAAAUAAUAUCGCCCUGGUCGUGAUUUCGGAGACGGAUGGAUCUUGUCUCUUGGAAUCAAAGAUUCAGUCGGAUACUGCAUACCAGAAGCAACAGGAAACACUCAUCGUCUGGUCAGAAGGAGACAACAUGGAUCUGGCGUUAUCGUUUCAAGAAAAAGCUGGUUGUGAUGAUAUUUGGGAGAAAAUAUGUAGAGUUCAGGGCAAAGACCCGUCAGUCGAAAUCACGCAGGAUGUUGUGGACGAAUCAGACGAUGCUGACGACGUAGAAUCCUACACAACCAACACCAGUCAGUCUCUUCAGACCUUCGAACUACCGCCUUGCGAACUAAGUCGUUUAGAGGAAAUCGCGGAGGUAGUUGGGCAGCCGCAAGGCAUCCUCCAGAAGAGAGAACGGAUUGUUGCAAUUUUGGAGAGGACAAAUUAUCUGAGACAACUAGUCGAUCUUUUCCACAAGGCCGAAGAUUUGGAAGACAUUGAUCCUUCCGGGCGCACUCGCCAUCGUGAAUUUUUGAAGAACCAAGCGAAAUUCAAGGAAGUUCUACCAUUACACAACACGGAACUAGUCAAUAAGAUACACCAGACGUACCGUGUCCAGUACAUACAGGACUGUUGUUUGCCUCCACCCUGUCUUUUUGACGAUCAAACCAUGCACGUCCUUAAAUCCUUCAUUACACUGAAUAAGAUCGAAAUUAUCAGCGCUCUUCAAGAUGACGAGGAAUUUAUGCUUCAACUUUUCAAUCGGUUGAAGUCUCCUUCAACGUCCGAAACUUACCGGCGAGAAUUGGCUCUUUUCGUGAAGGAGUUCUGUAACUUGUCCGUGCAGACAGACCAAAAGGACAACUUCCUUAAUUGUCUUUUUUCUCAUGGCGCCUUGUCUACCGUUGAAGUGUUGUUGAUGUUCGACGAUCGGGAUGUGAAGGCAGCAGCACUCGAAAUAUUGCAUGCGUUCGUUGAGAAUCAGCCGUCCGUCGUCCGGGAGUAUGUAUAUAAAGACAACAAUCAUCUAUCCGAUGACAAUCGUAUUCUCAUAAAUCUGAUGAUCACACAACUACUUAAUGAUUCCGACCCAGAACUUAGUGAUGCCUUCCUCUUGGGUUAUAUGCUGAGGAUGCUAAUAGACCCAGACAACAUGAACAACACAGGCGGGCGGAGUGAGAAGACAGAGUUUUUGAGCUUCUUCUAUAAACGCUGCAUUGGGACCCUGGCCAAACCUCUCUUUGACAAUACUGUCCACGAAAAGCCUCUACAUGAUGAUUAUCACACGGCCCUCGUCCUGAGUAAUGUGCUGGAAUUGCUCACUUUUUGCAUCGAGAAUCAUGCCUACCACAUGAAAAACUACUGUCUUCAUCGGGAUGUAGUUAAAAGAGUCCUUACCCUUUUAAGUUCAAACCACAAAUUCCUUGUUCUUGGUGAGUUCGUAUCUUUUUCUAAUGCCUCUGCUUUUCAAGGCGCUCUGAGGCUUCUUCGGCGUGUCGUAAACUUAAAGGAAGAGUUUUACAACCGUUACUUGGUGAAGAACAACUUGUUCAAACCAGUCGUCGAGCUUUUUAUAUCCAAUGGCCACCGAUACAACAUGAUCGAUUCGGCUAUCAUUGAACUGUUUGAUUAUAUCAGAGCUGAAAAUAUCAACCUGCUUAUAACCCAUAUUGUGGAAAGGCACUGGGACUCUCUGAAGGAUGUCAGCUAUGUGCAAACAUUCAAUGGCUUAAAGGAACGUUAUGACGCGCUGCAUCGGCCAAGUCGUACUGAUUCGCCACUCGUCUUUGGUCAACAGGGAUCGAUAAACGUGACUGCAACCAAUGCCCGUUUCCAUCGUAACAGUGCAGAAUUCGAUGACGAUGAGGAACAGUGGUUCGGUCGAGACGAUGAUGAUGACGAAGAGGAAACUUCACCUACUGGGAUUCUGACUCAUGCCGGAGUCACCUCCGAUUCACAGAGUGCUGCUGCCGGUGGACUUUUGACAGCUCCACUGGGCUCCUCCAUCGACAGUCUUGUUUACUGUCGCGCUCCCAUGCUCUCGAUGACCGCCUCCCUUUCCAGUCCUCCCUCUGCUGUUGACCGAACUGCUGCUACCCUAGCUGGUGACGACGAGAAGUUGGAGAAGAAGUCUCCCGAACGGUCUCCACCAACCCACGGUCUUAUUCCUCUGCACGAAAGGGCUACCCCCGACUCUCCGCACCCCCUGCGGCAUAGUCUGCUGCGUCAGUCUGCUCCCAUUUCCAUUCACAUAAAGUCGACCAUCCUCAACGGAAACUCUUGUGCAGAUGCCGCAAACAAGACCGCAGCUAUCGUUAUGAAAAGCAGUGGGGUUGAGGCGGAUAACAGCGUCAAUUCGAAGGAGUCAAAGUCCGAAGAUGAGGAUGAGGAUGAUGCGGAGACUGCAGCUUCCGAAAAAGUUGAUGGUAUCGUGGGCUUGGUAGAUUACUCUGACGAGGAGAGCGAUGAGGACACUGAGGACUCCCAACCCGAGGGCACAGCUUCUUCUGGCGCAGUAGCUGUAUCUUCCCUGCCGGAAGUAUCCGAUGUGACAAACUGCGAUAGCACAGAGGGUGCGCCCGUGGCUGACACUGAACAGCCGGAGGCCAAGAGUCCCCCCGCGUCUUCCCUAGUUGCUGAGGUCGAAACAAGUUAG